AAUUCCUAACUGCUCCUCUCUUUCUCUCUCUCUCUCUCUUUCGCUUUCACUCUCUCUCUCUCCCCCUUUGCCCCCCAAACCAAGCACAGGGAUAGUGGUCUUAUUAGUGACUUAAAGUGAUGCUUUUGAACAAGAAGAUGCUGGGUACUUUUGGUGACUAGCACCACUCCCACUUUUUUCUCUUAAAUUCCUGAGCUUUUGUUUGCAGUCUCUUAUUCCCGGUGCUACUGAAGCGGAAUGUUACUGGGGUGGAAAGCAUAAUUGCUUUCUUUUCUAGGUCCUUAAACCCUUUGCUAAUGUCACUGAGAGUUCCCAAAGCCAGGGUUCUAGGAGAGUUGGGCACAUCUGAACAGCUGGACCAUGAAAUAAUGGAGUAGAGCAGGCAGGCGGGGGAGCAGGGAGUGCUGUCAAUAAAAGAGCUCCCCUCUCUGCACACAUGGCCAAUUAAUUGGCCAUUCUGGGAAAGUAUGGAUGGGAGGGGGCUUCUGAGAAUUGUCGGUGACAGCUAAGUGGCCUUUUGUGGACGUCCUUUGCUGAACAACUUUGUUGGAUUGAGUCUCUGCCUCCCCCACCUCCUGUGGGUUUCCUGUUAGAUCCAUCAUUUACUAUUCAGGCAUCAUCUUUCACUUUUCCUUCCAAUAUGACCGCUCUGUGUGCUGGCUCUGCAGUAUGCCUCCCACCCCCAGACCCUAAAGGGGACUGUGUGGGGCUUUGGCAGGACUGAGGAAUUGACUCUGCUGUCUGUUGAGAGCUAUAAUAAGGACUGCCGUGACCUCCACGUCUAGCAGCAAACGAACUGCCUGUCUCGGCAUAAUGGCGACCACCUGAAGAUAGAGAAAAGGGACUCUUGACUGAGUUCCUUCUCGUGCCAUAGAGAUUUCCUUUGCUCUGCUCUCCAUGCUCUUCUCUUCCUCUUUUGCCCAUCGCAACUGAGCUAAGAUGCAGCUGUGACUAAGAGCUAAUACCUUUGAAAUAAUAAUACACUCCAUUUGGCAGGCUUUGCCAAGCCAAUUCACCCAGGCUGUCUCAUCUAAUACCCCCCAAAACCCUGUGAGGCCGGGCCUGCCGGCCUCUAGGUGCUGCGCUGUCCUGAGGCCUGGGCCAUGCCGGCGUGCAAGGAGAGCCCCUGAAGGACGCCUGGAGGAAGAAGCAUGCAGGGCACCCCCGGUGGAGGGACAUGCCCUAGGCUGCCCCCUCUGGACAGGCAGACACUCCUGGUCUUCAGCUUUAUUCUGGCAGCAGCUUUGGGCCAAAUGAAUUUCACAGGAGACCAGGUUCUUCGAGUCCUGGCCAAGGAUGAGAAGCAGCUCUCACUUCUCAGGGAUCUGGAAGGCCUGAAGCCCCAGAAGGUGGACUUCUGGCGCUCCCCAGCCAGGCCCAGCCUCCCCGUGGAUAUGAGAGUUUCUUUCUCUGAACUGAAAGACGUCAAAGCUUAUCUGGCGUCUCAUGGCCUGGCCUACAGCAUCAUGAUAAAGGACAUCCAGGUGCUGCUGGAUGAGGAGAGAGAGGCCAUGGCGAGGUCCCGCCGGCUGGAGCGCAGCACCAGCAGCUUCAGCUACUCCUCUUACCACACCCUGGAGGAGAUAUAUAGCUGGAUGGACAACUUUGUAACUGAGCAUUCAGACAUGGUCUCAAAAAUUCGGAUUGGCAGGAGCUUUGAAAAUCGGACCAUUCUUGUCCUGAAGUUCAGCACUGGAGGUUCUCGGCGCCCAGCCAUCUGGAUUGACACUGGAAUUCACUCCCGGGAGUGGAUCACCCAUGCUACCGGCAUCUGGACUGCCAAGAAGAUUGUCAGUGAAUACGGUAAAGACCCUGUCCUGACAGACAUACUGAAAGCCAUGGACAUCUUUAUAGAGCUUGUCACCAACCCUGAUGGGUUUGCUUUCACCCACAGCAUGAACCGCUUGUGGCGGAAGAACAAGUCCACCAGACGUGGUAUCUUCUGCAUUGGCGUGGAUCUCAACAGGAACUGGAAGUCAGGCUUUGGAGGAAAUGGUUCUAAUGCCAAUCCCUGCUCAGAGACUUAUCACGGGCCCUCCCCUCAGUCGGAGCCGGAGGUGGCCGCCAUUGUGGACUUCAUCACAGCCCAUGGGAACUUCAAGGCGCUGAUCUCCAUCCACAGCUACUCUCAGAUGCUCAUGUAUCCUUAUGGCCAAACCCUGGAGCCUGUUUCAAACGAGCAGGAGAUGUACGAUCUUGCCAAGGCUGCGGUGAAGGCCCUGCACAAGGUCCAUGGGAUCCAGUACAUUUUUGGCAGCAUCAGCAACACCCUCUACUUGGCCAGCGGGAUCACCGUCGACUGGGCCUACGACAGCGGCAUCAAGUAUGCCUUCAGCUUCGAGCUCCGGGACACGGGGCACUUUGGCUUCCUGCUGCCAGCCACGCAGAUCAUCCCCACAGCCCAGGAGACGUGGAUGGCGAUUCUGACCAUCAUGGAGCACACCCUGAGGCACCCCUACUAGCAACACUCCUGGGGGCAGAGCAGAGGGGUUCGUCGUCCCCUCCAGGGCCUGGGGUUUCUCCCGAAACCCAAGUUAUACACCCACCUCCCCAUGCCCUUGUCCAGAACCCUUAGAAAAUAAA